AUGUCUUAUUUGAGGAGGAACAAGUAAUUGUUAAAAUAUAUUUAAGAAUUGUUUAAUAAGAUAGUAAUUUAGAUUAAUAGCAAAAAUAAUAAUUUUAAGUUGAGGGAUUAAAUUAUCAAGUAUUUCAUUAGUACAUUGAAAACAAAUUUACAGAUAGCAAAUAGUUUAAAUUCUUAAAUGGAAAUGCAUUGAAUUAAAAUGUUUAUGAAUUUUAGAUUUCAUACUAAAAUUAGAAAUGGAGGUGUAAAUAUAUUAAUUAUAUAGAAUAAGAAAAACAAGUCAUAUGUUUAAUUUAAUAGAUAAUAUUGUUGUAUAAGAUAACUUUUUAUAUUUGAUAAAUUAUUUAAAAGAAGUCUUAGAGCAUUCUGAAUUUAAUUAAAAAUUAAAACAAUUUUUAUAGUUUUCAGAUGUUCAAGUGAAUAAAAAGUAUUUAAGUUGUUAUGUUGAUAAAAGAUCUGGAGGAAGACACAAAGUAUAAUAUACCUAUUAAAAAGAGAGCUAAUUGUAGGGAAAGAUUAACUUGUUGUCAUUAAUAGUUUUAAAGAAGAUAUUUGACAUUGACUUGUGAAGGUAUAUGUUUAAGUUAUGAAUAAUUUGGUGAGUAAUCUAGAAUAAGAGAUAUGAUAUUAUUUGACUAGAGUUUUUAAAUUCAUUAUGGUAAGAAAUAAACUGAUUAGAAAUAUGGAAUAAUAUUUAAGAAUAACACAAGAAAUCUUUUAGUUAGAUGUUAUAAUGAAUUUGAAUUUGUAGACUUAGUAGUUUAAACUUAAAUAGUAUUUAAUUAAAGUUAAUCAGUCAAAAAGAAUCCAUUUGAUUCCUUUUCUCCAAUAAGAAAUAGAAAUUUUGCUAAAUAUUUUAUAGAUGGACAUAAUUAUUUUGAUUAACUUAGAUAAGAUAUUGAAGCAGCAAAAGAAGAAAUCUUUAUAACUGAUUGGUGGUUAUCUCCUGAAUUAUAUUUAAAAAGACCUUCACAUGAAAAUGAAAAAUUUAGAUUAGAUAAAUUAUUAUAAUAAAAAGCAAUAGAAGGUGUUAAAAUCUAUUCUAUUGUAUAUAAUGAACCUAAAUUAGCUUUAACAAUUAAUUCACAAUAUACUUAAACUAAAUUAAAUAAUUUACAUUCAAAUAUUUCAGUAGUUCGACAUCCUAAUAGUGUAAUUCCAAUGUUAUGGUCUCAUCAUGAAAAAAUUGUAGUUAUAGAUUAAUAAAUUGCUUAUAUAGGAGGAUUAGAUCUUUGUUAUGGUAGAUAUGAUACCCAAUCUCAUCCUUUAUUUGAAGAAUAUAAAGGUUAAUUUCCAGGAUGUGAUUAUUCAAAUAGUAGAAUUUCUGAUUUUAGAGAUGUAACUAACUUUAAGUAAUCUGAUAUUAAUAGAGAAGAAACACCAAGAAUGCCAUGGCAUGAUGUUUAAAUUAAAAUAGUUGGAGGAUCUGUUAGGGAUGUAGCUAAACAUUUUGUAUAAUAUUGGAAUUUUGUAUUAAUUGAUUUAACCAAAAAAAAUGAAUAUUCUAUUUUAUAAUUAUAAGAUAAUUUGGAAUCUUUAAAUAGAUGGGAUAGAUAUAAACUUAAAUUAUCAUAAAUAUCUUCAAGAUUAGAACAUUUUUUAUUAACUAAAUUACAUUUAUCCAAUGAAAACAACUAAUAUUAAUAAUAAUAAACACCUGAAUCAAGUUUAGCAUCUCCAAAUAUAAAUAAUUAAAAUGUUUAAAUUUAAUUAGUUUAAUCUUAAAUUUAAAUUUAAUCUAAUUAAUCUGAAGAAAAAUAACAAUAUAUUAAAGAAGAUAAAUAAAGAACUAAAAGUGCCUCAUUUUAUAUGGUUAAGGAAGGUUUUUAAAUUGAAGAAGAUAUUUUAAAUGCAAUGAAUAAAUAAUCACAAAUUGAAGAUUCUAAUUAUUUAUUUUAAGCCAAGAAAAGAACUCCAUCUUUUUAACAAGCUGAUAAACCAUAAAUUAAUAAUGAGAAAAUUAAAUUAGAUGUGAGAAAAACAUCUAAAUCUGGAUCUUGUUCUAUAUAAAUUUUAAGAUCUGCAAAUAAAUGGUCAUUAGGUUUAUCAAAAAAUCACACUGAAAAUUCUAUAUAAAAAGCUAUGAUACAUUUAAUUUAACAUUCAUCUUAUUACAUUUAUAUUGAAAAUCAAUUUUUUAUGACUUCAUUAGCAGGUGAACCAUUACUUAAUCCAGUAGGUCUGGCUAUAGUAUAAAGAAUCAAAUAAGCUUAUUAUAAUUAAUAAUAGUUUCAUAUUAUGAUUGUAUUACCCUUAUUACCAGGUUUUGAAGGAGAAAUAGAUGAUAAUAAAGCUAAUUUGAUGAAAUUAUAACUUCAUUAUGAAUAUUAUAGUAUAUGUAGAGGUGGAUAAUCUUUAAUUGAAUAAUUAAAAGACAUCCCAAAUAUUAGUUAAUAUUUGACUAUAUCAGGAUUAAGAAAUCAUGGUGUAAAUUCUAAGGGACAACCAAAAACAGAAAUUGUUUAUGUUCAUACAAAACUAAUGAUUGUAGAUGAUUCAAAAGUUUUAUGUGGUUCAGCAAAUAUUAAUGAUAGAAGUUUAAAAGGAUCAAGAGAUUCAGAAAUAGCUAUUUUAAUAGAGGAUUCUAUAAAAAUUGGAGAAGGGAGAAGAUUUGCAUAUGAUUUAAGGAGAGAUUUGUAUAAUGAACAUUUUCACAUAACUGAUUAUCGUAAACCCAAUGAUCCUGAUUUAGUGAAAUAAAUACAAUUUUAAAUUAGAGUAUUAUCAUUUGUUAUAAAUAGAAUAAUACAAUAUUAUAUAGAUAAAUCUUUGCAUGCUAUCCUGAUGAUUGUGUCUUAACAUUUAAAUAACUUAAAUAAUUUAAAUCAAGUGCUAAUUUAUAAAGUUAUUUUACUUUAUAACAUGAAAUUGUAGGAUUUGGAGUAGAAUGGCCACUUGAAUUCUUAAAAGAAGAAUCUCUAAAGCUACCAGUAUUUGCUAAAGAAGUUCUAGUUCCAGAUAUCAAUUUCACAUGA